CACAGCCCCGGAAGCCGCACAGACGCGCGAUCGCGAUCGGAGACGCCGAAGUUCCAGGGGAGACCGAAGCCUUGGCCGCGCACGCCACCAUGAGCCAGGAGGCGGAGGUGGACAUGAAGGAGGUGGAGCUCAACGAGCUGGAGCCGGAGAAGCAGCCCAUGAAUGCGGCCGCCCCGCCGUCGGCCGCCUCGGGAGGAGAGAAGAACGGUGUGGUCAAGGUCAAGGUGCCGGACGACGAGGCAGACGCCGCGGCCGCCGCGGCCGCCGCCGCCAAGUUCACGGGCCUGUCCAAGGAGGAGCUGCUCAAGGUGGCCGGCAGCCCCGCGUGGGUGCGCACCCGCUGGGCCCUGCUCCUGCUCUUCUGGCUUGGCUGGCUGGGCAUGCUGGCGGGCGCCGUGGUCAUCAUCGUGCAGGCGCCGCGCUGCCGCGAGCUGCCCGCACAGCGCUGGUGGCACCAGGGGCCCCUGUACCGCCUCGGGGCCCUCAAGGCCUUCCAGGGCCAGCCCAGUAACGGCACGGCGGGGCUGGCCGGGGUGAAGGCCCGCCUCGAUUACCUGAGCACCCUCAAGGUGAAGGCGCUGGUGUUGGGGCCCAUCCACAAGAACCCGCAAGAUGACCUUGCCGGAACCGACCUGCAGCAGAUCGACCCCACCUUUGGCACCCUCCAAGACUUCACCAACCUCGUGCUGGAGGCCAAGAAAAAGAAUAUCCAUGUCGUGCUCGAUCUCACCCCCAACUACCGAGGCCAGAGCAGCUGGUUCCUGCCCCAUCAGAGUGAAGAAGUAAACGAGAGGAUGAAGGAAGCCCUGAGCUUUUGGCUGAACAAAGGGGUGAAUGGGAUCCAGGUCCUUAAUGUCCAGAACCUCACGGAUGCUUCUUCAGCCCUGUCUCAGUGGAAUAAUCUCACACAUAGCAUCAGUGACGAUAAGGUCCUGAUUGUGGGAACAGAAGCUUCUGAGCUUUCCCAGCUUAUGAGCCUGCUGAAUGAUACUGACCUGCUGAGCAGCUCGUAUCUGGAAGACUUUGGGAGAAGGAGCUCUUCGGGAAGAGAGCUCAAAGACCUGGUCACUAGCUAUCUGGAUGCUGCUGGUGGCCACUGGUGCAGCUGGACUUACUCUCAGGUGGGCCACUUGGCCUCCCUCGUGCCUGCCCAUCUUCUCCGACUCUAUCACCUGUUGCUGUUCACUCUUCCUGGAACACCUAUCUUUAGUUACGGGGAUGAAAUCGGCUUGCAGGCGGCCCUUCCUGGACAGCCCGCUGAAGCCCCCAUCAUGCUUUGGGAUGAGAAAACCCUGGGGCCUUCCGAGUCUGUGAGUCUCAACAUGACCGUCCAGGGCCAGAACGAGAGCCCUGGCUCCCUGCUCUCUCUGUUCCGGAAGCUGAGUGACAGCCGCGGGAAGGAGCGCUCCCUGCUGCACGGAGACUUCCUGGUCCUGCCCACCAAGGACGACCUCUUCGCCUACGUCCGCCGCUGGGACCAGAACGAGCGCUUCCUCGUCGUCCUCAACCUGGGCUUCUCGAGCCACCAGACGGAGCUGAAGCUGCCCUCGGGGGCCCCCGGCCAGAAGCUGGAGCUGCCGGAGAAGGCGGCUCUGAUGCUCAGCACCCAGAGGAGCCACCCCGAGGGCAGCAUGCUGCCCCUGCGCCAGCUGACCGUGGCCCCUGGGGAGGGGCUGUUGCUCAAGUUCCCCUACGUGGCGUGACCGUGACGUUGUGCUUGUGUGGGCAUUCGCAGGGGUGGGAGGGGGGUUUGGUUUUGUUUUUUUACUGAUAAAGAUGCCCUGGGAUGAAGGUGGGAGCCUCAUGCUAUUAAAACAAUAGUGAUGCGCA